UACUUUGAUAGUUUUUGCGAUUUUCCUACUAAAGUGAACGCGUUUUCAAACAAAUGUGCAUCAUCCGGGAAGAAUAACCGAUGUGAAAUAACCUAGUGCCGAGUUCCGGGCCGGUCGGGGUCGAUUGCCGCAAAUAUCGGAGCAGGAAAAAUCUUCGCUGGUGUGCAAAAGGGCAAUCGAUGCGGAAAAAAAUGUCCACCUAAUAAUUGAAGCCAAGGGGAAAACAACGGGAGGAGGACCGAACAUUUUCGGUCAGCAUCAAUUUGGAUUACAGUGAACUGAUAACAGGAACGGAGAAGCAUUAAAACCCGGAAUAUUUCGAGGGUUUCUGAAGUUUGAUAAGAAUACAGUCGCAGAAGCCAGAAGGAAGAAAAAAGUGUUUGAAGAUUGUGGGCGCGGUGGUGGAGCUGAAAGGUGAAGGAGAGGCACCCCCUUCCCGCACCAGUUGCUACUUGCCUAUGUUUCCUAUUAUUUUGAUUGCGUGAAUGAAGCAGAGUGAGGAAAGGAGGAAUAAAGAAAAAAUAGAGUGACGACUGGAAGCAAAUCAAAAGGGACCUGUUCUGACCACCGUGCUAGUUGCUAUUAGGUAAUGUGCAACAUGAUAGAAACGACCGAUAAGAGCACCGACAACAUCGUCGAAGAGGAGGAUGAUUCCAAGUUGCCGAUCAGUUUCACCUGUGCUCGUCAUUUGAGCAAAAUCGAGGGGAUAAAUUGUACGACACAAAGCUGGCGCGUCAAGGAACGCAUGAAGACCGUCAGUGUGGCGCUCGUUCUUUGUCUCAAUGUGGGUGUUGACCCGCCGGAUGUGGUGAAGAUACAGCCCUGUUCCAGGCUGGAAUGCUGGAUCGAUCCUUCGUCAGUGUCGCCACAGAAGGCGAUGGAGUUAAUAGGCAACAACCUCCAGAAACAAUACGAAAGAUGGCAACCACGCGCACGUUAUAAGCAAUCCUCAGACCCCACAGUUGAGGACGUAAAAAAACUAUGCACGUCUCUGCGCAGAAAUUCAAAAGAGGAACGCGUGCUGUUUCACUACAAUGGCCACGGAGUUCCGCGACCCACCGUUAAUGGCGAAAUUUGGGUCUUCAACCGAACGUACACCCAAUACAUCCCUCUGUCAAUUUACGACCUGCAGACGUGGAUGGGUGCCCCCUCGAUAUACGUCUACGACUGCUCCAACGCCGGGAUAAUUGUAAAUAGUUUUAACACCUUUGCAGAGCAGCAUGAGCGAGAGUUGGAGCAGAUGCGGGCUCGAAGCGGAAGUACCGCCGGUCAAUCCGACGCCGACGCAAGCAGGAAUUCACCGUCGCCUCCGGUUGUGGGUCCGACUACCUAUAAGAAUUGUAUUCAAUUAGCGGCCUGUGCGGCCAAUCAAAUUCUACCAAUGAAUCCCCAACUGCCUGCGGAUCUUUUCACGGCGUGCUUAACGACCCCGAUCCGAAUAGCUUUGAAGUGGUUCACCCUGCAAUCUACGUCAAAAUUAGUUCCACACGUACCGGAGGAUUUGAUUGAAAGAAUACCAGGACAGCUCAACGACAGGAGAACGAUGCUUGGUGAGCUGAAUUGGAUAUUUACGGCCAUCACCGACACGAUAGCGUGGAACACGUUACCUCGAGAGCUGUUCCAGAAACUGUUCCGCCAAGAUUUGCUCGUGGCAAGCUUGUUCAGAAAUUUUCUGCUCGCGGAAAGAAUCCUCCGGUCGUACGACUGUACGCCCAUUUCUAGUCCUCCUUUGCCUCAAAGCUACCGCCAUCCCAUGUGGUCAGCGUGGGACUUGGCCCUGGACCUGGCCCUGUCCCAGCUGCCAGAUAUCCUGGAAAAGGGAAAGCGCUUCAAACAUUCGCCAUUCUUUGAGGAGCAGUUGACCGCCUUUCAGGUCUGGUUGGAAGGCAGUUCGGAGCAAAGGAAUCAACCGGAACAGCUACCGAUCGUGCUGCAGGUGCUCCUGUCGCAAGUUCAUCGAUUGCGUGCCUUGGAAUUGUUGGGCCACUUCCUGGAUCUGGGCCCCGAGGAGGUGAAUCUGGCACUUAGUGUCGGCAUCUUUCCGUACGUGUUGAAGUUGCUGCAAAGUUUGGCGAAAGAGCUGCGACCGUUCCUGGUGUUUAUCUGGGCGAAAAUCCUAGCCGUGGAUGGGACUUGUCAAAUCGACUUGAUCCGAGACCUGGGACACAAAUAUUUCCUCGCCGCGCUGCAGGACACCAGCCCGUGUCCGGGUUUCAAAGGAAAUCACCGCGUGUAUGCAGCGUUCGUACUAGCAAGUAUAGUUCACAAUUUUCCAAUGGGUCAAGCGCAUGCCCUGCAGGGCCAACUGGUGUCGAUCUGUCUGGAUCAGCUGAAUGAUGAGAAUUUCGUACUGCGGCAGUGGCUGGCAAUUUGCUUGGGCCAUCUAUGGCAAAAUUACGAACAAGCCAGAUGGUCUGGUGUUCGGGAUAACGCGAACGAGAAACUGUAUCCGCUGUUGAGCGAUCCAAUACCGGAAGUCAGGGCUGCGGCGGUUUAUGCUCUGGGAACGUUUAUAAGUUCCGUUCAACAAAGAUCCGAUCAUGCUAACAACGUUGAUCGAUCAACGGCAAUGCAUCUGUUUAACACCGUUUGCAAUGAUAUGAGUCCGCUUGUGAGAAUGGAGUUGAUCGCUUCCUUGCAGUGGAUGGUGCGAUUCUUUGAAAACCAAUUUGUUGCUGUGUUUCUCCAAGAACCGUCAAGUGGUCAUCAUAUGUUAAACCAUCAUUACCACAGUUUAGAGAGGAACAUCAACAUGAAACGAGUUUCCAGUUCGAGCAAUAUCAUCAGUGGUGGUAAGAAUGCGGUCAGUGUAGGAUCAACCUACCAAAAGCUAUGGAAUGGGUUGAAUGUUCUGGCCAAAGAUCCUUUCCCUGCGGUAGCUGCAAUGGCUCAGAAAGUUGUGGAGUACGUCGCAAAACAAGGCCUGGAAGCUAAGGAGGCAAUCAGUUCAGAAAAGUUCGCAGGAAGCUUAAGUUUGCCUCCCUCGCCAAACACCAGAGUCAACUAUCUGGGUGGGGAAUCUCCUCCGCUACACGGCCACCUGAAUCAAUCCAAUCACCAUACGCCGCUUCCCAACAAAAAGAAGCUAAAUCCCAAUGAUAACUUGGAACUAUCUUCCUCUACACUUCAACUGCAAUCGGUGGUCACGUCUACACCAAUCCACACACCCCAACAGCAGCAGCAGCAAUCCUGUGAAUCUAUGCCGCCCCCACAAGCUCCCACUCCCCAGGUGCAAUCCCAGCCUCGAUCUUCGCAGGCACAACAACCGCAAACCGUGACCCCCAUCGUCACAACCAACUACAUCGAAUGGUCGGUGAGUUUCUUCGCACGGCCAUCAAAGUUCCUGAACGAAGGCAAACUCACCGCCAAGGAUCAGAACUCGACGGAAUUCCUCGAUAGGCAGUCUCGAUGUUUGAGGAAUCGCAUCGUGCGGGAGGAAGGCCGCGAGCAGCAGAGGAGAGCCGUGUUCGGCCGGCUGGAUACCCAAAGUUGGUCCUGUCGAACGCAACAUACGCCCACGCUGGUCAAACUCAAUCCGUACGACGAUCAGAUUGCGGUGGCUUACAAGGAUCGCGUUAUCCUGCACGAUUGCAGCACAGACAUAACCAGCUCGUUCAUUCCCUUCAAGCAGCAGAACCAGUCGAUUUUCCUAGACCAGAACCGGUUUCAGGUGAGCCCUCCGCCGGUGUCUGUCUCGUCGUUAGAUUUCAUCAACGCUCACGACGUCGGUCUGGUGCUGGUAGGCUACACUGACAGUGUGAUCCGAGUGUGGAGACCGGCGGACGCCAAUCGGGAAUCGGCCCUGGUUACGGCGUGGCAUGGGUUGUUCGACUUUAAUUCCCCGGCCACGGCCAAAGUCGGGACCAGUGAGUUGGGGCUGGUGAUGGCGUGGCACCAGAAGACACAAACCAUCAUGGCAGCGGGAGAGGCCAAGUAUAUUCGCCUUUGGGAUGCGGAGCGAGAGUCCAGAAUCUGUGAUAUUCCUAGCGGGUCGGAUACGACGAUCAUAAAGUUAUCGUGUGCUCCGAAUGGUUUGUUUGCAGCAGGUUGCAGCAAUGGAAGUGUCCGGCUGUUUGAUCGGCGAUGUGCACCGACGGAGGCACGAAUCGCCACAUUCCGAGAGCACAUGAACCCAAUUCUGACCGUUUGUCUGAGGGACGACUGUGAAAGUCUGGUAUCGGCAUGUACUACUUCCACUGUGCGAUUGUACGACAUCCGGAAGACGGCCUCUUCGGUACAGCACUGGAGCGCAGGAUCGGAUGUUUCCGCCAUGAGUAUCCACUCGAGUGCGGAUAUUGUGGCCUGCGCUACGAGUAUCAUCACCAUCUACGGAUUGGAUGGUACCAGUUUGAAUACGAUCCGGUGCAAUGAGGGAUUCAUGGGGACGAAGAAGGGAGUGACGUCGUGUCUUUCGUUCCACAAGCAUAAGAUAAGCUUAGCGGCAGGAUUUAACGAUAACACAGCGGCUGUGUUUGUUACCGACAGGAAGUGAGCAACGGACGGCUUCUGUGCAUGGAUGUUUGCUUGAAACCAACGCAAAACUAUCCCACUGCAACAAGUACUGGUAGCUUCGCAAUCAAUAGUCAAAGCUUCUUACGAAAAAUACGAAAAAGCCUAGCAAAAAAAAAUGUUCACGAUAAUGGAUAUAACCAGCAGCAGAAAGGUGUGUCCCGCUUCAAAAGCGUUAUUCACACAAAUGUCCGAUUUGGUGAGAACAAUCGCGAACCAUGCUUCUGAAGCACUUACAAAGAAAGGUUUGCACGGAUGGUGAGCUGAGGUAAGUCUCAACUGCGCUGCUGAGUUCUAUAUUUACAAAUGUGGUAUGUCUAGGUUAAGCGAAAAGCAAAGGUAUGUAGUGUGUUAGCUUAGGUUCCAAAUAGUGAUUACAAACAACCACACACAUUUUACCUGCUGGAUUGGUGAUCCAAAAACCGUUUGUCCCUAUGUUCACCGGAAUAUAAUUGUACAGAUUCUAUUGAACCUCACAAACUCAACAAUAGUACCAAUCAACGGGAAAAUAAGCCUUAAUUUACAAUUGUUUUCUAUUACCAUUAUUGCUCAAAAGAUAUUUUAAACCACAAGCACAUCAAUAUGCAAUAGUCGAAACCUACAGAACUGUCUGUAAACCGUAGAUUUUAUUUGGUUUCAUAAGGCGAUGAGUACAGUAGUAGGAGCAAAAGCAGAGUCAAAUAUCGAUUAUAUACACAACAUGCUUCAAAGUGAGAAUAAUACCUAAUGGUGCCCGCAAUAUUAACACUUAAACAAAGCUAUAGACAACACAUUUAGGACAAGAGACAAACACACAACUAAGCGUACUAAACUACAAUCGGAGCGCUGUGCUUUUUUGAUGGAAUAUGUUUCUGUUUAAUCUUCCUGCGAUCCUUCGGUGGAUCGUUGCGACGCCUUUAGGUUGUUAGGUUCCUUUUUAAGUUUUAAGAUUAACACCAAGUGUGGAAGGCGAUUGGAAUUGUUGGUCAUUAUUGUAGAAAAAAUGUAGCAUCAAUAGUGUCAGUAGAAACGAAUCGUGAAGUAUGUAAAGUUUUUUUCCUAUUUUACAACAGAUUGUUAUUUUCUUAAUGGUAGAAAUAUCCAGUUUUUAAGUACAGCAUAACAUCAAUUCUUUUGAACAAAUAGUCUAGUUAAACAUCUUUUGUAUGAAAUGCUCUUAUGGAUGUGUUUUAUACCUAAUACCUGUACAGUUGAUUGUGCAACGGCAAAAGUACACAUGAUGAACUCAAACGCUAUAA